AUGAAACUAUCAACUUCGGUUCUCCUAUUCUUCUGUAUAGGAAGCGUGUUUGCUCACUCUUCAUCGAAGCAGAAGAGCACCAGUAGGAAAAUUGAACCCCUUUUUUUCGAAAAUGGGAACGUUAACUUAGACACGUUGAACGACAGGCUUACUGAGUGUGCAGUAGUGCAGGAACUUCAACUCGUGUUGGAGAAGCAACAUGGAGAUGAUGAUGAACCUGAAGGCUACUUUCAGAGAUUUUUCAACACGCUUUUCCCUUUUGGACCUAGUGGUAACGCUUUGUUGGCUACCACUUACAUUUCCGGCCCUCCAAAUUUACUGUUAGCUUUGAUUCCUAGCAACAUUGACCCUUCAUCGCUCUCUAUUUUGGUAAGCUUUGCCGUUGGAGGGCUAUUGGGAGAUGUCUUUCUUCAUUUGCUUCCUCAGACGUUUGUUGGAGAACCUUUCGACCCUACUAAGCCUGAAUUCAUACUGGUUGAUACUAAACGUAACACAGUUUUGGGCGUGUUUAUAUUCGUUGGCUUCGCCAUAUUCUGGGUCAUUGACAAGUCUUUGCGUAUCCUGGAGCACGAGCAGGGCGCAGAAGGUAACAGCCAUGGCCAUAGCCACAGCCAUGUCCAACCUCAAAUUGAACAGGAAAUAAAAGACGAGGGUUUCUCCAAUUCGGUUCAAAAUAACGAGACUUUAAGCAUAAACAGGAAAGACAAAUCCAAGGCAAAAGAUGAAUCAACAUCAGAGAUCACAACACCUUCAAUUUCCAACCCAAACGCAUCCGUAAAAACGUCUGCCUACCUGAACCUCAUCUCUGACUUUACCCACAACAUUACCGAUGGAUUGGCUAUUGCGGCUUCAUUUUCAAUCAGUCAGAAUGUUGGAUGCACCACCACGUUAGCUGUUUUCUUCCACGAGAUUCCUCACGAGAUCGGGGAUUUUGCUUUGUUGAUUCAAGGAGGAUUUUCUAAAUGGGCAGCCAUGAAAUCGCAGUUUGUCACUGCCAUUGGUGCUUAUUUGGGAACAUUUAUUGGAAUUGCAAUCCAGAAUUUGGGGUCCAAAGAUCUUGACAUCAGCAGGUUUCAGGAUGACUCUCUUGUUUCAAAUAUUGGCAUUCUGGGGACCUCAGUUCAAUGGAGUGAUGUUACCCUUCCCUUCACCGCUGGUGGAUUUCUUUACAUAGCCACGGUAGGGGUUAUACCCGAAAUUUUGGAGCUCUCCGCAAACUCGACUCGACUACAAGAAACAGGGAAGGGUUUCUUACAGGUCAUUUUUAUGCUGAUUGGCUUGUCUCUGAUGUUCUUCAUUUCGUGGUUGGAAUGA